GAGGAAGAAAGACCGCAAAACACACAACGAAACCGAAGACGUGUGCCUCCAUCCGAAGAUGACUCGGAGGAAGAAGUACAAGAUGAGGACGAAGAGAUGCCCGAUGCGGAUGCAGAUGCCGAUGCAGAGCCGAACACCCAAGAUCAGCUUGUGAAGAAACUCGUCCGAUAUGCUCUCGCGUGUGAAUACCAGAGACUGCCAAUUCGACGGGCGGGUAUUACAGAGAAAGUCAUUGGAAAGCAGCGUGGGCACAACCUCCGAAAAAUCUUUGGCGCUGCACAAGACCAAUUGCGAACCAAAUUUGGCAUGGAAUUGAUGGAACUUCCUGGGAAAGAAAAGGUCACAAUGAAGGAAAAGAGAGCUGCGUUGAAAACCAAAGGCGGCUCCAAAUCAACUACAUCUUGGAUUCUCACAACCAUCCUGCCUCCCGACUACCGAUCGGCCGAAAUCAUACCUCCCUCUAUCAUUGGAAGUCCGGACGAAGAAGCAGCCUACAUGGGUAUAUGUUCGGUGAUCGUUUCCCUCAUAGCUCUCAGUUCAGGGGGUGAACUCCCCGACCACAAGCUAAUGAAUUAUCUGGAAAGAUUCAACUCGGGUAAGAAUACUGGGCUUGAUACAACAGCAGCGACUCUGCAGCGGAUGAUCAAGCACGGUUAUAUUUAUAAAUCUACGGAGAAGAGCGCUGACGACGAAACGGUUCAUUGGAGAGUUGGUGCCAGGGGCAAAGUCGAGAUUGGUAACAAGGGAGUCCAGGGUUUGGUGCGUCAAGUUUAUGGGGAUAGUGCUCCUGGUGAUCUAGAUAAGCGCAUGCAGCGCAGUUUAGGCAUGGAAGUUAGAAAGGUUCCCAGGGAGAAUGAUGGGGGUGGGGGUGAGGAAGAGGACGCCGUUGAGGAACCGGCAAAUGGAGAUCCUGGUCCAAGCACUGCUAGGAGGGCAAGUGGGAGGAGAAGAAGGGAAUAG